UUGGCUUCGUGUUACCGCCCAGCUCACCACACACUGACUCACACACACCACAGGAAAUGAGUGGAGCAAAAGCACCUCGACACAUCAGCGCAGCUCCUUCAGCUGGCAGGUUUCCUGUGUCAACGCGUGAGCACGCUCAGAUAGCCGACCCGAGUUUUAACACCAGCGGAAGGGAAACACGUACAUCAUGGGAGCAUCUUCUUCUGGUUUGUUGGACGAGGCUAAAAGCAGCAGCAUCAAAGGAUUUGUCAACAGUUCGUUCGGGAGCUUCAGUGUGUUUUACCAUCAGCAGUACUCAGCAGCCUAUGUCAGCCACUUACACCAGGAGGUGGAGUCUAAGAAAGAAGGGAGGGGCUUAUUGCUCAAACAAAAGCCUCAACCUGCCCUGGAGGAAGUGCUGUACCAAGGGAGUGUGAAGUUCUCCUGCUGGGACGAGCAGGGAAAGAAAUGCAGAGAGAGAUUCACCGUCCUGAGGAGAGAUUACAGAGUGGAGAUUCAUGAAAACAUGGAGACCUUCACCAGUGGAUGUGCUGCCAAGGUGGUCCUCCAGCCAGCAGGUGGCAGAGUGUUCACCACGGAGAAGGAGUCAAGGGCUCACCUGGAGCAGAACUGUUCUGCAAUACUUGAUGGAGUGAAGGAGGAUUCUUCUUUGGCUGCAUCAACUCCAGAUGUGCCUGCUGUAUAUCUGCACCUGCCGUACAUGGGCUACACCUGCUUCCUGUUCCAACAGGAAGAGGAACGAGAUAACUUCCUGUCUGCACUCAAGUCCUGCAUUAGACACUGCAACCUGGACCCCUGGUGUGAUUCAUCCUACGAGAGCCAGGCGUAUGUCCGAGCCCUCCGGCUCUACCGGCAGGACAAAGGAUGCUAUGAAUCCUGGGAAAUGCUGCUGGGCACUGAGGAGCAGGUACUGGCCUCCCAGGUGGUGGAGGAAGUGUUGUCAUGGUUACACAGUCAGCUUAAACCACGACUGAAGGGCAAGAAGGCUGAAAGGAUACAUCAGUGGCUGGCCACGGUGCGGGCCACCUACCUUUUGGUUCUUGAACAACUCACUGUCAGUCUGGAGGCUCUGAGGGAGGAGUGUCGUCAGACAGCAUCAGCCCAUCAGGCACUGAUCAGGUCCAACCUGGACCAGAUAACAUCUUCUCACUGCUUCCUGGAGGAAAAGGUCAAAGCACGUGUCCUCGGAGAAGCAGAGAGCGUAUGCAGUGAGUCUGUAGCACCCUUCAUGUCCUCCAUCCUUGAGGUGCUUACAGAAAGCAUAAGUGCUGGGAUUCAACAGAUGCAGCUCACACUGCAAACACAGAUGGACGUCAUACACACAAAUGGAGGAGCGGAGGACACAAACAAGGCCUUGUCCCCUCUGCACUCCAUCAGCCUGGACGCAUGCCACAAGCAGGUGGAGAAGCUGCCGGAGAAGCUGGUCGACUUGAAGCAUCGCUUUGGACUGAGCAGCACUCAGAGGCUGGUGCACUCUGCACACCUGGAAAUGGAGAAGCUGCUGGACAGUGCUGUGUACACCUUGGAGCUCUUCCUCCAGUCAUCGGCCACACUGCAGCCGUCCCAAAUCCCCGUCAAGACCAAGAGAGCCAAAGAACGAGUGCUGAAGCAGCUGGACUAUGACAGCAGAGUUGUCCAGAGGAGGCUCUACCAGGACGCCCUCCUGGAGAUCACUCUGCCUGCUCUCACCAGGAAGAUGGACAUCAAGUGGCUGAGUGAGCUCCAGCAGUUUGAGCAGUACAUUUUCUCAGACUACAGCAGCUUCAUUCUGGUCCAUAAUGUCUAUGAUGACGUGCUGAGAAAGAUCCUCAUUAAGGAGAUAGAGACAGUGGUCCAGGAUGCAGCCCAUAAGAACAGCAACAGUCUCUCCUUGGACCCAUCGGAUCUCAGCUUCAGUCGCUACAGUCUGUUGGGGGAGGAGCCCCCCCGCACUGACCCAGCCAGCCUCGCCGCCGCUACCCAAGACUCCUCCUCCUCCUCCUCCUCCUCCUCCUCAGCAGCUCCCGGCGGAGGUGAACAGCCUGCUCCUGUGGGGGGGGAGGGAGGUCAGACGGUCACAGCUGAGGUUCAUCCUCAGAGGGACGCGGAUCUUACCGCUGAAGGCCCAUCUGCAGAGCUUCUGUGUCCCAUCAUCGUGGUGACACAAGAGGCGGAUGAACCUGCUCCCUGCGUCGAGCCACAACAAGACGUCCGGCUCGGGACUGAAUCGCCAUUGACGACAGUCGAGCCUCCCGACGAAGACACGGCUCGCUCUGUUAUAAAGGAUCCAACCCCAACCUCUCCUGACCUUUCACUGUCCUCUCCGUCCUCGCUGCAGGACACAGGCGUUCACACUGAAUGUGCCCAACGCGACCCAGUCGACCUCUCAACCCCAGCCGCAGAAACAGGGGACACAACCGUCCCGACACUUCCACCCAUGAAAGUGAGCCUGGGGUCGCUGAGCGAGGCCAUCGGGUGCCCCUCCACAGCACCUCCUGUGCAGCAGCACACAGACAGAGCGGUCUACCUGACCGGAGGCGUCACGGACAACUGGGAGGUGGAGAGGGUCGAGGCCGGGGACGGGGUGAGUCUUGAGAUAAUUGAAGACGGAGAAGAAGAGACAAAGGCAGGAGAAAGGAAACGGCAAGGGGACUUGCAGAUGGGAGGUGCAGCUCCAUCAGAGGUUUGCUCUGAGAAGACCAGCACCUCAACCACAGAGCCGAGAGAGCACGAAGUCACCGCAGAUGCAGAGAAAGAUGGUGAGCUGGAGACCAAGACAGCUGAGGAUGACGAGGAGGGAGGAAGGGAGAAAGAACGUCAUGCAGAAAAGGAAGGAAUGAAACAGGAGGAGGAGGUCCUCCAACGCCCUGAGCCAAUGGAAGAGAGUGGCGAGCAGCCAUUGGACAGCGUGGCGCUCAUCAGAGGACUUGUGACUGAGAUCACUGAAGUGGAGAUCAUAGUGUGUCCCCCCCCCCAGCAGCAGCCAUGCGCCCUGACAGACGAGUUACUGUGACGACCACCUCUAGUUUCUGAUGGAAUGGGACAGUGAGGGUUAGGUUAGCUCAUUACAUCAUCAGCAUCACAUUUAUAUGAAUACUUGAAGACUAAAACGUUGUUUCACAUACUUGCGUGAGCAUUUCAGUUUUAUACAGGGUACAAGCUAUCUUCUCUUCUGAUGUUUACAUCUUGCUGUUUUUUUAUGCUUGCACUGCAAAAUAAAAAAAGCACCCAAUAAAAUAUGUUUCAUGAUCUUGCAUUGGUUAAAUUCAAUUCAUUUUAUUUUAUAGAGCCCAAAAUUGCAAAUUACAAAUUUGAGGCUUUACAGUCUGCACAGGAAAAAAAGGGAAGAAACCUUAGUGAGAACAUCAGAGGAGGAUCCCUCUCCCGGGAUGGACAGACUGCAAUGGAUGUCAUGUGUACACAAUCAACAAUGUAAAGGAUGUACAUUCAGUUCAACAUUACGUUAGCCAAUUAUGACAUACUAAAGUCGCAGGUAUUUCCUUAGAUCGUCACAGAUGUACAUGAAGGCCUCUGCCUCUGACCCAUCCGAAGCAAGUCAAUUACAGGGUUUAACUGCAAUGAAUGAAUGUGAUCAGCAUCAAGGUGUUUGUACUCUUUAAGGAGCAGGACGUGGAGUCCAUGGAGACACAGAGCUGGGAGGCUGUUCUGCUCGCAUCCAGUAUUUCACCAGAUAUGGAGAUGUACAGAGGUACAGA